AUGGCAUGUUAUUCAAUGCUCACAGAAUGCUCGGAUGUGUCGUUUUCUGCAACUGAAGCCACACUAGGAAGUUUGAAACGAAUUCAACGGAUAUCCAUAAGUGGCCACAUAUCCGCUUAUGUUGUCGAAAUCUCCAUUUCGGACGAUGAAUUCGACACCGUCUAUCAGAACAAUGGCAAUCCCAUGGUUGUGUAUUCAACACUAUCUCAUGUACCAACUUGGACACAUGUGGACCUUGUUGCAACCAAGUUGAGAAUAAAGAAUGCCUAUGGAAUUGAAGAGGCAGACGUUAGGAAUCCACUAUUAAUGCUUACAGUAUGCGAGACUGAAUCGCCCAUAACAGUGUUCGACGAUAGCUCAUAUAUGGUAGAUACACAUAAAGCUGGAUUGGUGUCGAUGUACGAGAAUGAACUGACGAUCAUCUUUCGGUCCUACCGAUCCGGGGUGUUGUUCUUCUCGGUGGCUGAUCAGGGAGAUAUACUCAUUGCUCAAGUCGUACAUGGAUCUGUGCAUGUGAUGUUCGAUUUUGGAUCACUCUCCCCGUCCCAUAUUACUGCCGGUCGAGCUCUUGACGAUGGAAAAUGGCACGAGAUGCGGUGGCUACAUCAGUUCGAUUCCGUUCAACUAGCCAUCGAUGGUGUUGUCCUAAACCAGACAACACCUACAGGACUCUACCGUAAGCUCGACUUUCACAAUCAGAUUCAUGUCGGUGGCAGACCUCCGGACGAGUUUUCCGAGGGUAUCGAAACGUCUUUCACUGGUUGUAUGGCUCGAUUGCAGCUAAACUCAGUUGAUUUGCUCAGUUUUGCACCAAGGGAUGGUGGACUGAAGUGUCAGAUGCCCAAACCGCCAUCGCUGACGCUUUACGAAGAAUCCCGUGCUAUCAUUCCGUUCUCAUUUCUUCCAUUCUCUUUCGAAUUUCGCAUUCUGCCCGUACCAUCGAUACUGCUUGAUAUGAUCGACGUUGACAAUAAAACUCUUCUACAAACGACCGUGGACGAAGCGAAAACCCUGCAUCUUGUCAGCAAUGUAACUAAAUUCAAGCAAAUUGCACAUCCACAAAUCGACGUUGCCGAUGGUGGUUGGCAUAGUUUUUCGCUAAGAAUUCGUGGUCCUCGGCUCGAGGUUGAGAUUGAUGGUUAUACGGUGCUUUGGUUGGAAGGUCAAGAAGUGCGGAGAGUGUCCGCUCGUCUCUCGUCGUUGGUUCUCUCAUCCAUCGGAUGCUAUCGUUCAACGACAAUUGACUUUGCUAAGGUUUAUGUGGAAGGGACGGUAAUUCGAGGCAGCUGUGAGAUGGUGGAUAGAUGUUUACCUUCACGAUGUGAAAAUGAUGGAAUUUGUCAACAAACAACACUUGCUGAUUACACUUGUACAUGUACCGAUGGACACUAUGGAAAGAAUUGUCAUACAUCGAAUCUUCCGCGAUCUUGCGAAGAAUGGUGGAGUGCCCGGUCUAAUCGCACACGCCCUCCAUUUACUGGCAAAAAUGUCACCAUCGACCUCGAUGGCGGAGGACCGAUGAAGCCGAUGACCGUACUUUGUAAAAUGAUGAAAGACGACAUGGGAGUCGAUGUGAUCACCACAAUCGUGCAGCAUGACUUGACGAGGCCAAUUUUUGUCACUGGAAAUAAUAAUCCCGGAGUUGUGCGAAAAUCUCUACUCUAUGGCAUCAAUACAGAACAAAUGGAUCGACUCGUUGAAGGUUUCGAGUCUUGUUCACAGUAUAUGCGGUUCACGUGUCGCGGUGGAGCACGUUUGAUGACGCAAGGAGACGAGCGUUCACCAUCGUCUUGGUAUGCUACCCGGUCUGACAAACACGGAUUACAGUGGGGCGAUGCACCACCCUACAGUCGAAUGUGCUCAUGUGCAACAAAUGGGACUUGUCUACAUAAUAGAAUGUGCAAUUGUGACUCCGGAGAGGAUGCGACAGAUGAAGGAGUGAAUCCAUACUCCCAAUUACUGCCAGUGACUGGCCUUUUUCUGGGUGGCACUACAAAAACCUCAUCGAUAGAGGUGGAGAUUGGCCCACUGAUAUGUAAUCGACGGGUGUCUUUCGAAUCCGUGACAUUCUCGGAUCGCAAUGUCCGUCUAUCUGGUGUGCGGACUUUAUCUUCUCGAACAUUCGAUCUUUGGCUUCAGGCGAAAUUUUCUCAUCCACAUAUGAGCAUUUUUGCCUGGGAAAGUGUCGAUUCAUUGCAUUGGCUGCAUUUAUAUGUACAAGAUGGAAAAAUUGUCGGCGAGAUUGUGAACGGUGGAGAAACAGCACAAGUGGUUAGUGAGUCUAUUUACAACGAUGGUAGAUGGCAUUCGAUCUACUGGGAAGCCGAUAGCCGAGGAAUGCGACUGAAAAUUGAUGGUAGAAUGGCUGAAAAUAACUCAACGCUUAUUUUACCAAACGCACAUCAAUGGACAAUUGGAUCACGAACGGAAAGAGGUCUUUCUGGCUUUGCUGGUGUUGUACGAAGCAUUCACCUAUGCGGCGAAGAAUUAUCAUUGAGCACUAUAGCAAGGAAAGAUUAUGAUAAGGGUAUCCACAUCGGAGAUGAAGGUUACUGUCGUGAAGGACUGUGUAAAAAUGGUGGGGAGUGUAUCGAUAAGUAUGAUGGAUAUAGUUGUGAUUGUAAUCGAACACCUUUUGGUGGCGCUGACUGUGGCAAAGAAUACAGUAUGUUCGUUCCGGCCGGAUCCUCACUGCAAAUCCCUUGGCAAAAUCCAGCACAUACAAACAAUUGUCAUCGAAUAGCCAUUCAAACUUUGUCCAACAAUGUCUCAAUCCUAAAAUCGAAAGCACUAUUUGCUGACUCGACCUUCAACAUGUCUGUAAAUGCGCUAGGAUUCCUUACCCUGUCAGUGUACGAUGGUUUCUUUUUCAAUCAUAAAAAUGUUGAGAAACGAUGGAAUCUCAGCGAUAAUAUUCUGCAUGAUAUAGCAUUUUGCGCUUCAGAGACGAGUUUCAACCUUACGGUCGACGGCGAGCCAUCAAUACAUUUUGAAGGAAACUGGACAUUCUUUCAAAAUUUCAAUGUUUGGACAUUCUUGGACAAAAACUAUACCGGCUGUGUAUCUCGACUCCAAGUUGGCUCGUCGUUUCCCCUAAAGAAUCCGAAAGCUGCCAGAUUGAAACAUUCGGGGAAAAUUCGCUUUGGAAGUUGCUCCAUGGACAUUAUCGACAUACGACAACCGGUUACACGACCACCAGAUGACGAGGGCAUACACAUUUAUGCCAUUGCUCACGCCAAGAGUCAUAUUAUUUCAGUUACUUCGAUAGCUGGCCUUGCCAUAGCUGGUGUUCUUGCGCUACUUCUGUCGAUCCUUGUCUGCUAUAUGCGCUCUCGUCCUGAAGGUGUCUACAAGACAAACGAAGGCGAAUGCAGUCCAUCACGAAGUGAGGAACCGCUUGUGAAUGGAAUGCCGUGA